AUGCCACGUAAAAGGACUCGUACAACCACAAAAGCUUCUUGGACAGUGGAUUCAUUAGAAAAUGCAGUAUCUGUCCUCAAAAGAGGAGGCAUUUCGGUGUACAAAGUAUCUCAACAAACAGGUAUUCCUUACAGCACUCUAAAGAAGAGGUACAAUUUAGCGAAAGCUGGCGGUAGUAGCUACAAACACUCUCCUAAGCUGGGAAGAUCCACUGUAUUUAACGUUGCCCAAGAAGAAAUACUGGCUAACCAUCUUCGGACUAUGUCUAAUAAAUUUUAUGGUUUAACAAGAGAACAGUUUCGCAAAGUAUGUUACAGUGUAGCUAAACAACUAGGUAUUGAGAAACGAUUUAACCAAGACAAUCAAACUGCAGGAAAAGAUUGGCUGGCUGGAUUUUUGCAGCGUCAUCCAGACUUAAGUAUAUUCCCUAUGAAUCCUGGAGUUUUUUGUGAUGAUGACUUCAUUAAUGAGGAAUCCAGAUCAGCUGUGCCUGAGGCUGACGCUCAACAGCAGCCAACUAGUGUCACUCCUAUUCCAUCAACAUCAAAUCAGGCUGAGCAACCACAUGCUAGCCCUGCAACAAGUCCAUCUAUUUUUUGUGAUCUGCAAAUUGAAACGGAAAUUAUUCAAAGGGAAGCUGCUGUAACUCCAGUUUCUAUUCCAUCGACAUCAUCACACACUAUCAGACCUAUCGCAACUCCGCCCAAUAUUGACUUUGCUAAUGUUGUCUCCAUUGUCAGCCCACUGCCCCAACAACUCAUCUCUCAAAAACAAAAACCGUUGAAGAACAAACAGCAUUCUGAAAUAAUAACAAGCACUCCAAUGAAAGCAGUAUUUGAAGAAAAGAAGAGAAAAAGAACUGAAAAGGAGAAUAAGAUAAAGACAAUUAAGAAAAAUAAAGGAAACUGUGAUAAAGAAAAUUGUGUCAAGGGAAAAUGUGCCAAAGGAAAAUGUAUUAAGAAGAAACAUACCAAAGAUAAAGAGAUUAAAAGCAAGAAGACUACAACCAGAAACACAAGGAUCAGAAAGGCAACAAAAUAUUUGUUUAAAAGUGAUGAUGAAAACUCAUCUCUUGACCAAAUCGACGAAAAUGCUAUCUGCGAUGAUGAGUCAGAAUAUUCUGAAGAGGAGAAUUUAUGUGCAAUUUGUUUAGAUCUUGGAAAAAAUGGAGAGAUGUGGUACCGAUGCAGAAGUUGCGGAAACUGGGCCCACAAAGAGUGUACUGGUAGUGAUAGUCCAGAUACUUAUAUUUGUGCAUUUUGUUUGGAUCCAUUUAGACAACGUCAUGAUAUAGUGGUCGGUAAAGUUUGUGGAGAAGCCGCUAGUGUAUCGCAAAACGACUGUGAUAAUUGGUUGAAAACAGUUUUACCAAAAUUAACUGAAGGAUAUACAGACAGUCAAAUAUGGAACGCUGAUGAGACAGGAUUAUUUUUUAAAUUGACUCCCGAUAGAACGCUAAAAUUCAAAGGAGAAAAAUGUACAGGAGGGAAACUAUCAAAAGAUAGAAUAACGGUGCUUGUUGCUUCAAGUAUGGAAGGUGAAAAACGUAAAUUGCUGGUUAUAGGUAAGGCGAAAAAACCAAGCUGUUUCAAGAAUGUUAAAACUUUGCCAGUUGAUUACGAAGCCAACAAAAAGGCGUGGAUGACAUCAGAAAUUUUAAAAAAGUUUUAUGGAAAUGGGACUCUGAGCUAA